AGAAAAAAUUGCUUCAAACAUGAGCGCUCUCAGGAACCUGACAGUAGCUGCUUUGUUUUCAUUCUUGAUUCUGUACAUGAUCGAUGACUCAGCCUCUAUGUCAGCAGACUGCUGUCUCCAUUACUCCCAGUCUCGAUUGCCAUUCCGACUGAUCUCUGGGUUUGCAAUACAACGAUCUAAUGAGAUGUGUGAUAUAGAUGCAGUCAUAUUCUACACAAGUGGAGGACGAGCAAUUUGCACAAAUCCUGAAGAUAGAUGGGUAAAAAGAAUAUUGAUUUUUCUCAGCAAAAAGCUAGAAGAAAUGUCAAUUGAUGGAUGAAAUCAUUCACCACAGAUAUAUUACUUAAGCAAUUAUUUCUGCAUAGCAUCUAUGUAUUAAAGUAUG